AUGAUCGUGCUGCCCAUCUACAUUCGGAAGUACGUCCUCCACGACAACUUCUGGAUGUCCGACUACAGAGUGAGUUGGUUGCACCUCCAGAAUCCUCGAAUUUACUUUUUUCAGGUGACAUACGAGGGACACAAACUGUAUCAGUACCCGGAGAAGACGAUCGUUCGUCUGUUCACGAAUCUCCCGUCCGAAUGCAUCGAUUUGAACGACGUCUCCGGCUACAAAUUCUGCGAGCUCUGUGACCGAUGCGUGACAGAAAAGAACGUGCAUUGCGAGCGGUGCAAAUCGUGCACUUCAGUCGAACAGGGCAAAUGGAAUCACUGCGAACAGUGCGAUAAAUGCGUCAAACCGAGAUACGUGCACUGUGCGGAUUGUGCCCGAUGUCACCUUUACGGAAGAUGCAUCCAGAAAUCGUAUUAA